AUGAAAUAUAGAUGCUGCUCGGUAAGAAUAUCAGAGAAGCCCUCAGAACGCUGUUUGCUUUCAUGCUGAUCAGCAUGAAAGCAAACAACGUUUUGCUUUCAAAAUCAUGCUUUGAAUGUUCUGCUUUCAGGUAAUGCGCCGACGCCGCUCUAAAAUUUCUAUAAAAAAACAGUGCAUAACACCAUCAGCAGAUGAAGAUAUGCAAUCGGCGACAAUCGGUCCAGGCUGGAAAGCCCGCGGUGAUCGUAAACCCAAGGAAAAACGAGUUCCCUUCAAUAGACCGACUCCGCAACAGGUAAGUUCCAAUGUUCAGUGAGUCGGUGUUCAGCAUACCUGUGAAACAGGAGUAUUACUUUUUUGUUCUAUUCUUUUCCUAUUUCGAAUCGAGUUUUUUUUUGCGGAAAAAAUCUGUUUUUUUCGUGCCCGACCACAGCAACUAAUGGGGCUAUUCAGGGGAUUAAAAAAUGAUUGUUUUCCGUUUUUUCCCUAUUCAGCGAUGUCAAAAAAUGGAAAAAAAACGGAAAGAAAUGCAUCGCUCGCAGCGUUUUUUCCGGCGGGUCUCGCAGCGAUUUCCCGGACGCGAAGCAUGCGGCUACUGUGAGAGACGUUUUAUGAGUGGAUUUACGAGAACGGGUGGAUUUACGAAAAACUUUCUAAUUUUUCAGCGAAAUUGCCCCGUUUUCCCGCUAUUUUUAACCGAUUUUCACCGAAAAGCUCAAUGUUUUGAACGAUAUGACGAGGCACUCGAAACUAUCCAAAAAAAGAAUUCAAGCGAAGUCGGUCGGAAAUAGCGGUAAACGUGGCAAUUUUGCAUCAGUUAUCAUAACAAAUAAAUAAGAACUGAAAUUCCGUUGAAAAUCGAUUAAAAAUAGCGGGGAAACGUGGCAAUUUCGCUGAAAAAUUAGAAAGUUUUUCGUAAAUCCACCCGUUCUCGUAAAUCCACUCAUAAAACGUCUCUCACAGUAGCGGCAUGCUUCGCAUCCGGGAAAUCGCUGCGAGACCCGCCGGAAAAAAAACCCUGCGAGCGAUGCAUUUCUUUCCGUUUUUUUUCCAUUUUUUGACAUCGCUGAAUAGGGAAAAAACGGAAAACAAUCAUUUUUUCAUCCCCUGAACAGCCCCAUAAGUACAUAUGAAGUUAAGUUUCUGCAGGUUUACGAAGCGCUUCCAUUUGUGAGACGUUAUUUCAUGUAUUGGAUGAAACAUACAUUUGACAAGGAGAAGCUCUUCAUUAACACGUUUCAACCAUUGAAACACAAACCAUACUAUGGUAUUUUUUGACAUUCAUAUUCAUAUUGUUUAGUGCAGCACCCCUUCCAGGAGUUCCUUGCGGAGGUAUUGGAUGUGGAGCUAUUGGACGAGAUUUUCGCGGUGGAUUUUGUAAAUUCAGUCUUCGGCCGGGACUAGUCGAACACAAAGUUGACGUUGUCGCUGCCGAUCAGUUUAUUUUAUCUGUUCGAGAGAGCAAUAAGUGUAUCUAUCAGCAAGUACUAUCUGCAGCCGAUGUUCGACGAACUUCUGGGCAACUGUCAUCGUGGAAUUUCGGGUUUCCCAAAAGAAAUCUGUUUUACAGGCACGUCGUCAAUGCUGAGAACAAUAUCAUUAUCUUGUUCCUUUCAGAGGUCUGUUCCCUCGUUCCUGGACUUUGUUCCAAAUUCCUGAUCUCGGAAUAUCAGUAACUAUUCGUCAGAUCUCUCCUGUUUUCCCACAUAAUUACGAAGACACAGCAUAUCCAGUAUGUUUGUUUGUGAUUGACGUGAAGAAUAGUACGGCCGAUCGUGAGUUUGAAGUCUCGGUCGCAUUCACUUUUCGAAACGGAACCGGCAAUCGUCGAUGGGACCGAGAAUCCCAAUGCACUUCAUCGAAAUUCGAAGCUGAGGACGGUACAUCAUCUGGAGUCACACUUUCACAUACUAUUGCUUCCAUGCCGUGUACAUACGGCCUAGCAACAUCACGAAAAGAAGGAAGUGAUUUAUCAAUUUGUAGACGCUUCGAUCCGUCUAAAAGUGGUGCUUCAUUUUGGUGCCAUCUCCAGCAAACUGGGGAUGUUCCUGAGAAGGUGAUUUUGGUAGUGUGCGCUUCAUCAUCUUAAAUGACCGUUUUUGAGGAUGAAGAGUGCUCUCCAAACUCCAGAGAAAUGGCAGUCGCCGUUUGUAAUCGAUUCAAAUUAGGACCGUCUGAUGAGAAAGUGCACAAUUAUGCGUUGAGCUGGGACAUGCCGAAGGUUCACUUUGGCUCAGUGGCACGUAGUUAUCAUCGGUGUGUUGGGCAUUCAACUGCAUUAUCUGAUUUAUUCCUAUUCUAGUCGGUACACACGUUUUUUUCAAGCAUCCGAAACAGGAGCAGUCGCAGAUUCUCUGUGUGUCCGCGCUCUUCGGAUGAGAGAAAGCUGGGAAACCAAAAUCGAGGACUGGCAAAAUCCCGUUCUUAUGCAUACUAAGCUUCCUGAUUGGUAUAAGUCUGCAAUUUUUAAUGAGCUCUACUUUAUCACUGACGGAGGCACAGUAUGGUUUGAAUUCGACGAACAUUGGGCUGAACAUGAAACGCAUCUAAGCGAAUACACAAAGCAACGGAUGAAAACUAUUGGACGGUUUGGUUAUUUGGAAUGUAAGUGAUAGAGAUUAGCAAGGAACACUGCCAAACUAUUGCCCUCCGAUCUCGUUUAGAUUCUCAUUUUUAGUAGGAGUGUGUUAGGUGUAGGUGAUACGCCACGAUCGGUUUUUGUUAAAUAUUCCGGAUUUCCGGAGAUACAGUCGAGAAGCACAAACUUGAAUUUUCAACUCUCCCACGUCACAAUGUGUUUUUAACGGGACAAACAUUAAAUCAAUCAUCAUCAGUCUUAUCUUAUUUAAUAAAAAGCUUACGGGGUCUGUCCCUCUGUUUAUUUAUUUCUUGGUUUGUCCGCACACGUUUUCUUUUUUUCACGAAUGAAGUUGUUACGGAGAAAUUAAGAAGGUGAACACGUGAAUUUUAACGUUAAUAACUCAUUUAUUCACUUCGACCACCAGAAAAAUUUCGAACAGUUACUAUUUAGAAGGAAACAAACGGCGAAGCCUCUUCCGAGCGUCAGCUCUCACCGCGAACUCAGGUAAAUGGAUUGCGAUUUAAUUAGAGCUCAUUCGCAUCUAAUAAUGACACAGUAAGCGUGAAACUUUCUCGGAUUAGAUUCACAAACUCUUAGAUUCAAAAAUAGCUGCUUCGGCUAUUGGAAUCUAAUUAUAUGCUAUUUGAACACGAAACGUGUCUAAUUAUUUUCCAAACUUCUAGAAUUCCUAAGUAGACUCCAAACAAGCUUAAUUAAAUCGCAAUCCAUUUACCGCUCAAACGGGCCCAGGUUCGAGGUAUUGUAUUUAAUAGUUGAAUACGUACGUAUUUCAGUAUAUAGUUUGAGGAAAUCCGGCUUGUUUUUUAGUUCUUUAUGUAUUGCUUUCCUCGGUUCAAAUGUUCAUUUCAAACUAUUUUUCUCGAAAUCCUGAAUAUCUAAAAAAAAAGGAUAUCACCUAUUUAACAAACUCAGCAAAAUUUGAGCGCAAAGUGUUGAGUGUGCUCCAUGUAAGAAACCUGGCCAUUCUAUUUCUAGCUUGGGAAUAUCGGAUGGUCAACACCUAUGACGUUCAUUUUUAUGCAUCCUACGCUUUAGCAGAGUUAUGGCCACAACUAGAAUUAGCAAUUCAAUCUGAAUUCAGUAUGUUUUGCCAAUUUUCCCAUUAAAGUUCUCAUCAUUUUACUCCAGCCGAUCAAGUAUAUCACUCCAUAGAAAAGCCAACGCGUUUUCACAUGGAAGGAGACUGGGCAAACGUAAAAACAGCAAGUCGAAUUCCUCACGAUCUAGGAAAUCCAGCUGAUGAGCCAUGGAUUGCAACUAAUGCUUAUGUCAUGCAUGACACUGGAAAAUGGAAGGAUCUCAAUAUGAAAUACGUCUUAAUAUCAUGGAGGGAUUAUGUUGUACUCUCCGAGAAGCACUCUAAAUUCCUGUUUCAUACAUGGCCUGCAGUAAAAACGUUAAUGUUAGAAGCUCUUGAGAAUUGGGAUCAAGAUGGUGACGGAAUGAUCGAAAAUUUCGGUAAAGCUGACCAAACUUAUGAUGCUUGGCAAAUGGAAGGCGUGAGUGCAUACUGUGGAUCGUUGUGGUUAGCUUCACUUCGCGUUUCUCUCGAAAUGGCAAAGCUAACAGAAGACACAGAGAUGAGAAAUUUGUUUCAAGCCACUCUAUCGAAAGCAAAACGAAUAUUCAUAGAUACUCUGUGGACGGGUGCAUAUUUUCGAUUUUGCGAAAGGUCGAGGAGCAGGGAUACAGUCAUGGCUGAUCAAUUGUGUGGCUUUUGGUUUUUGCAGUCAGUUUCUCCAGAAAUGGCAAACGAUGUUUUGCCGAACGAAAUGGUGCGAUCUUCACUGGAAACCAUUUACAACCUCAACGUGUGUCGAUUUGGAAACGGGAGUAUGGGUGCGGUCAACGGUAUGAAACCGAAUGGAGUCAUAGACAGAGAAUACAUUCAAGCUGAUGAGAUGUGGACUGGUGUCACUUAUGCCGUUGCUUCCUUAUUAAUCCAGCAAGGCGAGGUGGAAAAGGCAUUCCAUACUGCCUCCGGAAGCUACUUAACUUGCUUUGAACGAGCCGGAUUACAGUACCAGACACCAGAAGCGCUUUAUGAGUCCAGGUAUCGCAAAAUUCCAAUGAAACUUCAACAUUUCUCUUAUCAGGUUCUAUCGGGCAAUUGGAUACAUGAGGCCACUGUCGAUCUGGGCAAUGCAAUGGUCCCUCAAAAGACAUUGCGGGUUGAACACAGAUUGCGAAUCACUCCCCAUUUUAAAGAAUCCAGCCGCUCAAGGAGCUACAAUAUCAAUAG